AUGUUUUCAGAGAGUCUGAACUGGACUCUGAGGUCCAUAAAGCUCCUGAGGACAGCAGAGUUUAAGCCGUUGGUGGUGUUUGUGAAGCCUCCCCCCCUGGAGAGACUGAGGGAGACUCGGGCCCAGACCUCCCCCACGGAGCUCAGGAGCAGCGGCCGCAGCUUCACCGAGGAGGAUUUCCAGCAGAUGCUACGGGAGGCUCAGUUGAUGGAGGCUCAGUACGGACACCUGUUUGAGAAGACCAUCGUGAACGACGACCUGUCAGCGGCUUUCACUGAACUGAGGAAGCUCCUGGACCACAUCCAGACCCAGUCCCACUGGGUCCCAGUCAGCUGGACUCACUCCUGA